CAGCUGGCAGUGCAUUGUGGGAGCUCUGUAUUGAUGUGAACUCAUUGCUGCCCGGGUUAUGAUGGAACUGUGACAUUGUAUCUCAGGCAUUCUAGUCACGUGAUCGGAGCGGUAUCCAGGAAGUGACGUCACAGGCGUCCUUGGAGCAACAACAUGGCGCCUAAAGGGAGAAGACGUGGAGUUGUUCUUUCCUCUACCCCUCUAGAAAUCCUCUUCUUCCUAAAUGGAUGGUACUGCGCUUCCUACUUUCUUAUUGAAGCCCUUAUGUUCCUAUAUAAAGGGCUGAUUUUACCUUAUCCUACAUCUAACCUGGUUCUAGAAGUGGUGAUGCUGGCCCUUUACCUUGGAAUUGAAGUAGCAAGGUUAAUUUUAGGUUGUCGAGGUAACCUCUGUGAGCGCAAGCUGCCCCUGGUGGUGAGUGUGGGUCUAACUAUUCCAGCUGCUUUGCUUGCCCUCUAUUUCCUUCUGCUUCAGACCUACGCUCUGCGGCUGGAGACUGUACUGAGCUGCAUCCUCCUUGUGUUCUACGGUCUGGAGGUCAUACUGAGUGUAACGGCUUUGGUCACAUUCUGCAGGGACCCGUCGUACUGAGUAUUUGAAGAUCAGGAUGUCUCUUCCGGCCUCCUGGAAAUCCUUCUGUUUGCUGUGCAAAUGGUACGAGCCCAUGGUUUCUCCCUGAGCUCUUACUCCGUAUGCUGUGAAGCUGUUUCUCACUUUCUUCACCUGUCUGUGUGUUAUCAGAGGUGGAUAUUGAUUUCAUUUCAAUCAUGUGUAUAAUGAAUUCUGAUAAUGGUCAAUAAAAUCCU